AUGGCCGGCAUGCUCCCCGUUAUUCUCUGUGGCAAAACCACCAAAAUUGCAGUUGGUGUCAUUUCGGCACUCAAACCAGAAAUGGAUGUCGUCCACCUUUGCCUUACCCCCGAAGCAGGCAAGAUCGAGAUUCCGGCUAUCCUCAAGCAAGAGCCGGUUACUACCGAUGUUGAACUUGGAUCUAAAAACUACGAAACCAUCCCCAAAGCUAUAAUAGUGGGAGGUGGCUACAAUGAUGAAGAUCUAGAUGUUUUACGAAGGUCAUGCCAAACUGCGAAGACACCGUUGGUCCCUUGGUUGAGGCCCGACCUCAACAAGCCUACGCCCCCACUUGGUCCUGAGGUGCUCUUCAAGUAUGGAAAAGCCUUGGUUGAGCGUAUUAAGCUCCUUAUCAAGCAGAUGGAAAAGGAAAACAAGUUAAAUGGCAGCACCGAUGAGGUAUUCUGGUUCUAA